AAUGUUCCGAGUUUAUUAGGAAAUCUGUCAGCCAUUCUUUAUCGCGUGUAAUAUGAAAAAUUUAUAUAAUACAGCAGAUCAUUAAUAUUUCGCAUCAUUCGUUCGCGGUGCGUACUUGAACGAUUAGGUACUUCCUGACGUUUUGUUUUUUUUCUCUAACUCGCCAAUUUGCUUUGACGAAGUAAACGUUUUGAGUAGCGCAGUUAGCAAGACGACGCCAUGCCGCCAAGACCACGCGAAAAACAGCCCCUGGAGACCCUCGAGGCCACGGGGGUGUUGUUCGAGAGUGACGAUGUGAGUUCGGAAAAAUUUGCUCAGGAGGAAAAAGUAGAACCCCGCACCUACGAAAUCGUCUGGUUCAACGUGACGCUCUUCGUGAUUCUGCAUUGUGUGGCGUUGUACGGGGUGUAUCUGUCAUUUACCAGUGCCAAAUUGGCUACAACCAUCUAUGCAAUUAUCCUCUACCAAAUGGGCGCUUUUGGUAUAACUGCCGGAGCUCAUAGACUGUGGUCCCAUAAAGCGUACAAAGCAAAAUGGCCCUUGAAACUCAUUUUAGUAUUAUGCCAAACUCUAGCUCACCAAAACUCCGUUAUAGAAUGGAGCAGAGACCAUCGUGUCCACCACAAAUACCAAGAGACUGAUGCCGAUCCUCAUAAUGCUAAAAGGGGUUUCUUCUUCUCACACAUGGGCUGGCUCAUGUGCAAGAAGCAUGACGAUGUUAAAGACAAAGGAAAAGGAAUUGACAUGUCCGACCUUUUCGCUGAACCUAUACUAAGAUUACAGCACAAAUACUUCUACUAUCUGAUGCCAAUCGGUUGCUUCCUUCUACCAACAUUGUGGCCCAUUGUUCUCUGGGGUGAAACACUUGGCAACGCCUACUGUCUUAACAUAACCCGUUACGUCAUAACACUGCACGCCACCUGGUUAGUCAAUUCGGCAGCUCACAUGUGGGGAUCCAAACCGUAUGACAAAUACAUCAACCCAACUGAAAACCUCUUCGUUUCCAUGUUCGCUAUUGGCGAGGGCUGGCACAACUACCACCACACCUUCCCUUGGGACUACAAGACCGCCGAAUACGGCAGACUGAACUGGACUAUGGCAGUUAUCAAUCUCUUCUCCAAAAUCGGUUGGGCCUACGACUUAAAAACCGUCUCCCCUGAGAUGAUCGAAAAAAGGGUGAAGCGUACCGGUGACGGUAGCCACGAAAUCUGGGGAUGGGGUGACAAGGAUCAGUCACCCGAAGACCGCAGAAACGCUGUCAUUAUUAACAAAAAGGAUGAUUAAACAAAUACAUCGCAAGAUCUGUCUGUCCAUUUUUAGUUUCUUCUUUUAAAUAAAUGUCUAACAUUGGUAGAUAAAAGAUUAAACUGAUAAUUUUUUUG